AAAAAAAAAGAAGAGAAAAAACAGAAAUUGCACCGUAACAAAAAAAACAAGUUGAAAACGUUCCUCGGUUUAAAAGUCAAGACAGUGGCGGCAAGCUUUCUCUCCACAUUUCUAAAGAAGCCAACCAUGGCGAUGCACUCAGGGCUCGCUUCCUCUAAGGUCCUAAUCCUUGUUGGAGCAGGUUUAACUGGAUCAAUUAUUUUGAGGGGCGGUCACUUGUCUGACAUCAUCUUUGAGCUUCAGGCAUUGAUAAAGGGUCUCAAUGAGGCAACUGUCUCUCCUCAUGGCUUUGAUCAGUCAGCUUUUCUUGCAGCUCAGGUUCGUCGUUUGGCACAAGAGGUGAGGGAGCUGACUUUAUCUAGACCUGUAACCAUAAUAAACGGGGAUUCUGCCUCUCAGGGGAACUUAGCAUCCUAUAUAAUGCCAGCAGCUGCGCUUGGAGCACUGGGAUAUUGCUAUAUGUGGUGGAAGGGAUUAUCCUUAUCUGACUUUAUGUAUGUUACGAAGCGUAAUAUGGCAAAUGCUGUUGCAAAUGUUUCAAAACAGUUGGAACAAGUAUCUGCUGCUUUAGCUUAUACAAAAAGACAUCUGACUCAAAGGCUUCAAAACUUGGAUGGGAAGAUGGAUGAGCAAAUGGAGAUGUCGAAGCUCAUCAAAAAUGAGGUUGACGAUGUCAAGUCUGAUUUAUCUCAAAUUGGAAUGGAUAUUGAGAUAAUUCAGAGAAUGGUUUCUGGCCUAGAAGGGAAGAUCGAACUUCUUGAAGACAAACAGGAUAUUGCUAAUGCAGGUGUUUGGUAUCUAUGCCAAUUUGCUGGGGGUAUGAAAGAUAUGCGUAUUGCUGAGCUUUUUCAGAAUUUUACUGCUAAAAAGGAGUUGGAUCAAUCAGUUCCAAUUUUUUCAGGGGAGCAACAGCUCAAGGGUCUCCAAUUCAUUGCUGAGACGGUAGAGUCUGGAACAGUGGAGAAAUCAAAGAUGAGCACAACUUUGCAGAAUGAUUUUAGUGACCCACAAAAAAAGACCAAUGUAUUUACAAGGACAAAAAUUCACAGGACCUUGCCCCACCUACAUGCAUGGACCCCAACUUAUCACCGUCGAUUUCGAUCCUAAUCUCAAGGUGAGAUUUGAAUUCCUCUCUUUUUAAUUCCUCCAUGUCAGACACCUCUCUUGUUCAAUGCCCCUCUCUCUCCAUCUCUCAUUGUCUCUACCACCUACCCAUUAUCAGCUCACCCUCUCUUUCUUUUGCCCCCCCUCUCUCUCAAUCUCUCUCGUUCUCUCCCAUCCAUUCUCAGCUCACCCUCUAUCUAAAACCAGUCACCCCUCCCUCUCACUUACUCUUAUUCUCUGUCCGAUUCACUUUCAGCUCACCCUCUCUCUCUCUCUAAAUCAAUUGUUCUAUCUCUCUCUCUCCGCCCAACACAGCUCUCUCUCUCUCCGUCUCUCUUGUCCCAACAUGGUUCUCUCUCUGUCUUUCUUGCCCAACUAUCUUUCAGCCCCACAGGGGUCUCUCUCUGGGGUUUUCUGGUUCAUCCCAGUUUCCCUUGUUCCCGGGUUUUCUGGUUCAUCUCAGUUUCCUUUAUUCCCAGUUUUAGUGUCAACUCUCUCUCUUUAAUAUGAUUUUCUAAAAUUUUUGUAAACACUCAACCUUCUUCAAUAUUGUUUCAUUUCUUGCUAUUGCUUUUUUUAAUUUUCACCCUUUUCCUGGUGUUUAUGUUUCUUCAUAUAUAAUUCAAUAAAAUUGUGUUUGGGU